AUGAGUGACUACAGAAUCUUCAAUGGAGCAUCAUUACUUGGGCCUGCCUUUGGUUACGUUCUUGGAGGGAUGUUCCUCAGCAUCUACACGGAUCUUGGUGUUGAUCAUGAAAGCCUUGGUCUGGAUCCAGAAAGCCCCCUCUUUGUCGGAGCCUGGUGGAUGGGUUUUAUUCUUACUGCUUUCCUGGCUCUUAGUAUCAUCAUUCCAUUUCUUGCAUUCCCAAAGUCUCUUCCAGGUCAACAUCAUCUGGCAAAAGAGCGGGUCAACGAGGCCCACAAGGGAGCUGAAUUCUCUACCAGAGAGGGCUUUGGCAACAGCCUCAGGGACUUUCCCAAGGCUACCCUUGUCCUGGUAAAGAAUGUUCCUUUCAUGUGCAUCUGUGGUGCCGCUGCCACCGAAUGGUUCCUACUGGCAGGGUUCGCAGUCUUUGCACCCAAGUUCCUAGAAUCACAGUUUAGUCUGUCAUCCAGCUGGGCAGCUCUGUUAGUCGGUUUUACUGUCAUCCCAGCAGCCGUAGGGGGCUCCAUCAUUGGUGGAUAUGUGGUCAAGAAGUUCAAUCUUAAGUUCCAAGGGAUGAUCAAGUGGUGUCUUCUAGUUCUGACCAUCUCUUUCUUCUUCCUUGGAGCAUUCAUCAUCAGCUGCCCAAACCCUAAUAUUGCUGGUGUUACUGUCGAAUAUGGGGAAAUAGAUGUUGAUGUGACGUCAAGAGGAACUGAAUUGGAACACACUUGCAAUGGAGAUUGUUUCUGUGACAGUAUGUUUCAACCAAUAUGUGGGGUAGAUAACAUCAUCUAUUACUCGGCCUGUCAUGCUGGCUGUGUGGAUAGCUGGGAAGAAGAGGGGUAUGGCAACUGCAGCUGCAUCGCGAUUCCCGAUAACUUCACGUCGGACCUGCCGAUGGCCACGUUGGGAAAGUGUGACUCGUCUUGCGGCUGGACCAAUGUCUUUCUUGCACUCCUCUUCUGUAUUGAAUUCUUCACAAUCCUUGCCGUAGUACCUUCCACUACAGCCACAUUGAGAUGUGUUCCACAUUCACAGAGGUCAUUCGCUCUUGGUUUGCAGUCAUUAAUCUACCGAGCUUUAGGUACUGUUCCCGGUCCUGUAGUCUUUGGAGCUAUCAUAGACAAGGCCUGCCUGCUGUGGGAGAACUCAUGCGACGGUCAAGGAACAUGCUGGCUCUACAAUAACGCUACCUUCAGCAAAUCAAUGCUCAUCGUAGCUGCAUGCAUUAAAGUAGGCUCCCUCCUCUUCUUUCUGGGGGCGCUCUUCUCUUACAGACCACCUCCGCCCCCUCCCGUGGGGUCACCAAGGGUCGCUGCCAGGCACGCCGAAGGAAUAAGGAAAAACGGAACUGUUCCAAACGGGAUAUAUCGUCAGAUCCCGCCGCAUUCAAGCAUGGACGAUGUACAUAAUAAUUCAAGACAGACCACAGUUUAAGUGGUGAUUUUUUUAAUUCUCAAGUCCAUUACUAAAUAGGGAGUACUGUCAUUUUUAUGAAAGAAUAAUUUGAAGUUUUAUUGAGCUAUAAAAGUUUUGAUUUUUUUGGUAUUUUUCAGCUUGAAGAACAAAGACAAUUUGUAGCAUGCUGUCAAUUUUCUUACACAAAAUUUUUAAAUAUUAUUCAACUAUUAUUGUUCAACAUUCUUUGAAUGCUACCUUGUAUGGAAUGUUGGAAUUUAACAAAUAAACCUAGAAUGGCUGCUUAAAUCGUGAUAUUUGAUACAGUUGAGCAAAAUAUCUUCCACAGAGAAAGUAUUUAUAUACUUGAAAGGUGUUUCCUCCAGCUACAGGUCUUCCAAUAAUCUUGAUAACUUUGCUGCUACGUAAUCAAAAGAGUUACCCACAUUUAUCAUAAAGGGUAGUGUAUAUUUUUUUAUAACUGUUCGUCAUCAGUCUUCUAAUUUUACCUUUGGAAAUUGAAUUCCAACUUAUAAUUAACAAGUACUUUUAAAAGCGCAAUUAAAUGUUUGGAAGAUGAGACUGACCUUCAAUUCAAAUGUGUUAAUUUUGCUAAUUAAAUUAAAAAAUGAAAUUGUUUUGAUUUCUGCUGUGUCACCAAUAUUUAAAAGGCAUCUUAUUGAAAGUUUGUGCUACAUCUUUUGGAAGGAACUCUACUCAGUGUCUUUUAAUGCAUUAUCCAUUCUUUGUGUACUGUGCUACAAUGAUAGCAUUAAAAGCAAAAAGACGCUCACUGGAAUUCUCGCCAAAACACAUGGCAUGCACAUUUAUGUUGAGAUGCCUUAAUAUUGUGAUGAAAUUGGCAGGACAAAUGUUUAGCUUGAUGGUAAACUGAUUCUUUUUUUUUUGUUCUUCAAAAGAAAUCAUUUGCGAAGGUUUUUUGAAGCUUAGUACCUCUAAUCACAUCAUCAUUUUCUGUUUAUCUGGGUUAGUGUACGUGAGUGAAAAUUUCAAAAUUAUUUUAUUCUUAUACUUUGUCACAGAUCAUUCCUAAUAUUAAAUGCUAUUUCUUUGAAAAUGUUUGCAGAUUAUAGUUGUCAAGAGCAUAUUUGUAUAUUUUGGCUAAAUUGAUUUAGAUUAUUCUGUAUGAUUAUAGCAUUAUAAAAUAAAGCUAUUGCAUAUGAUAUGAGAGUAUGUUUGAUUUCAAGCAUUCUACUUUAUAAUUGUGGGGAAAAAAUUGGUCUGAAUUCACAAUGGAAGUUUAAACCCCAACCUAUGUUUUUUUUUACUUAAUAUGAUCCAAUUAUGUAAUUACUGUAGGUUUGUACAUGGGCAAUACACGCCUAUUUGCACUUCUUAAACUUCUCUUGUGAUUUCUGGAUUAUCUAUUUUGUUUUUGAAAAAUCAAGACAUAUGUCGAUGUGAUUUUGCAUAAAAUGAAUCUUAAUGAAUUGUGAAUAAAGUAAAAAUUAGUUAAAACACAUGCAAUUUAUUUGAUUAUUUAGGUGUGUCAAGAAAGGAGGGAAGGAGAAGGGAUGGAGGAAGAGGUUGGGGUAUUGCAUUUCACAUUUUACUAAGAAUAUAAUAGAAUUGAGGUGAAUUUACAGACAAUUAUCGUAACUGCUGGUUGAAAAUAUAUUCAUGCUUUAAGUUCAUCGAGUUAUGUUGCGUUACUUUGACCAUGACUAAUCAAUACAUAAUGAUUUGUUUUAUUAUUAAUUAUAUAUUACUGUCAUAUUGAAAUUGCAAUAGUGCUAACAAUUUGUGUAUUUGAGAAAUGUUUUGGAUUUGUUUCACUUUGGUGAAAAAUGGAGAUUAUCUUUGAAAUUUGGAAAUUACGAUAUUAUUUACAAUUUAACUUUAACAAAUGUAUUCUUGUAACCCUUAUGUAUCAAUUAUUUAAGUUAUUUAUUUUGAGUUCCCGUGCUUAUGGCCGUAAAAUGGGUAAAUAUACUUAGGUUUCGCCGUACAUGUUAGAUCAACUUUAUGUGAAAUAUUGAUUUUAAUAUUCCCGUGCUAAUAGCUAUGCAUUCAGCAUAUUGUGUAUUCACUGUGGUGCGUUUGAUACUUGUGUGUACAGCAUUAUAUAAGCUAGAAAAAAUGCUAUGCAAUUCAUAUUCUCUUUCUUCCUCUCUCUCUCUCUCUCUGCCUUUCUUUGAAACUCUCGCUGUCCUUAAUUCUCUUGCUCUCUGUCUUUUUUUUUUCUCUCUGACUCUGUCUUUUUUCUUUCUGUCUCUGUCUGGUUCAAAAGAUUGCAAUAUGAAAAGAAGUCCUUUGUUGUCCAUGGUUUCAUAGACUUAAUUUAACAAUAAAAACAGAAACCAAACUAUAUAAUUAUAUAUAAUUAAAAUGAAGAGAUUUUGAGAAAUCUAUAAGCCUUUUUUUCUCAGUAGGUACCCUUUAUGCAGGUAGAGGACGAAGGCACAUUUAAGCAUUCAUUUGAAUACAAGACUGUUUUCUUUUUUUUACUUGAAUGCAUAUCGAUUUGCAAUGUUACCACAACAGAGCAUUCGGUUCAUUUUAUAUAACGUUGAUAUAUUUUUGGACAAUAUAUAUAUAUAUUAUAUUGCUGUAAUGCUGUAAUUUUUAUCAGCCAUUAUGUCUACAUCAUUGAGAAAUUAAUGGCUUUGUAAAUGUUGUAUCUAUCUAUGAAUUAAUUUAUUCUAAUAUUAUUUAUUUUGGUUGUGUGUAGGUAAUGUUAGUCUGUCUGUUUCUCCUCUAUGGUACCUUAACAAAAAAGCUUUGACUGAGGAGACUGCUCAGUGUUUUACUUCAGCAAACAACAGCUGGGGAAUGGAAGGAUACCACUGUGAAAAGCGCUGUGCAGGACUCCUUAUUAAAGACAUGGCAUACACUUUUCCAAAGCGAGCAGUGGAAAGUCAUUAGAUUGUCUUCCAAAAUAGAAUUGCACUCUCUCCCUAUCUCCUUAUGAGUGUCAUAUACAGCACUGCUCCUUGUCAGAGCCAUUAAGAAAGAGAGGAAUUGGGCCAACCUGGAUUCAAUGGGUUACGUACAUGGCGCAAAGUGCUUUGUAAGGCAAGCCCGAUUGCGCCGGCCAUGUUGGUUACCCAUUGAAAUCAGGUUGGCCAAACUCUUAGGCCCGGAUUCACAAAUGUGGUUUUUUAAAAAACCAUGGUUUAAACCGUGGGUUUUAGAAACCAUGGUAUAGAAAUCGCAAGUUUUAGAAACCAUGGUUUUAAAAAAAACAUGGUUUCUGAAAACCAUGGUUUUCCAAAACCAUGGUUUUAAAUGAAACCACCUUUGUGAAUUCGGGCCUUAAUUGAUCUGCUCCUUGUGUCUGUAUAGCUCCCUCUGUAUUUCAAACAUAUACAGGUAUCUCACACUGAUUCUGUCAGUGAUUCUUUAAUUUUCCUGUCUUUAGCCAUCAUCUCCCAACCAAUCCCAUGUACUCUCCUACUUUGAUCUCACUGUAUUUCCUCCUUCCCCCAUCUUACCUCUUUCCUUUCUUCAUCCCUGCUCUUCAUUUUCUUCUUCACCCCCUCGUUCUAACAUCCUCACUCUUUCACCCCUCCUCCCUUCCCCCACCUCUCCCACUUUUCCUUUACAUCUCUCACCUUUUCUUUCUCUCUUAUCCACUCUCUUUCCUUCCCUCUUCCUCUUUCCCCUUCCGUCUCUCCCAUGCACUCUCCCAUCAAAUCUCUUCCUUCAUUCCUCCAUCUUCACCACUCUCAUCCUCCUUCCUCCCUGGCAUUCUUAUCGAUCUUCUUUCUAUCCCCUCACCACCCCCCCCCCCCCGUGUCUUUUUAACCCUCCGUUCUCUCUUUUCCUCCCUUUCCUCUCACCUUUCUCUCCCCUUUCUCUCCCUUCCUUUCUUUUCUUCAUGCAUCAAAUACUCAUAUUUUGUGGGAAAUGGGACCAUCUUUACAUCAUUUUUAUUCAUAAGAUGACAAAGCAAGUAAUCUAGCCUCUAUUGAAUUUAUUUGUUUAUUGUUGCAGACUUUCUCCCAAGAAUCUGCAUCUGCUUGCUGCAUAAAUAUCCAUAACUUUUCUUUAAAUGAUAAAUUGUCUUCAUGAACUGGAUGGUCCCGAUGUACAAAGCUGCCAGGAAUUACAGAGUUCAAUAGCCAACAUGAUAACUAGUGGAAACUAUUAUGUUGAAUGCUUGAAAGUACAUUUUUGAGACUAUAUUGUGGAGUUUAGAAGUUGAAGCAAUUCAAUGUAUUCUAUGUAUAACAUCUAUCUUUGAUUGUUAACAGUUGUAUAUGUGCAUGCUCAUUGCAUGUGUUACAUUUACCAUAUUCUGCUUUGCAUAAUGUCAAGCUUUAGCAAAUUCAUUGUUAUUGUGUUUAAGAAAACAGCACUUUCCAGGUCUGAUUGAGUGGUUAAAUAAAAACUGACCUACCUGUAUUGAAAAAUAUUGAAAAAUCCUUCGCUUUAUGAAACGCUGGAGUUUUGAAAUUAAGCUAUUAAAAACUGAACUAAUGUAUUUUCGUGUAAUCCAGCUGCAUGCUGAUGCUGAAGAUAAAAUCCACUCAGGAGUUGAAGUGUUCCCUGGAUAGGAUUGCAUCUGGUCAGUCCCCAAAUGUAAGUUAAUACACAUAAUAAAAGAACCUAACUACACAAAAAAAAUUAAGAUCAUCAUUGAGGAGAUUUCUUGAAACUUACAUUGCCAUUCGUGCUAGAUAUUGUUGUUUAGAAAUUUAAAAGUGUUUCCUAUCUGUUCUUCAAGAUGUGCCUUGAAUGUUUCAAUUAGAUAUUACAUUUGUGAUUAAUUCUUUGUGCAGAUGCAAUAUAUGUUUUUAGAUUAAAAGAUGAUGUAGAAAUAUGUUUUA